AUGGAAGUGAAUGGUGAACCAGAUAUAGCCGGUAUUUUCAGCGCGGCUUUAAUGCCAUUGAAAGAUAUGAAAGAUGCAGAUAUUUUGGACCAGUAUGAAAUGAACAUGGCUGAGGGAAAUAUAACACCUGACGUUCUAGAACAUUUAUCUCAAAGAACUACACAGAACCAUAGAGAUGGUAUAUUUGGUGAAGAGUUUAGAAAGAGAGUUAGGGAGAGAGAAGGAAGAGAACCUAUUGUACAUGACCUUGCAAACGAAAGUUUGCAAAAUGUCAUAAAAACUUACUUUGCAGACAAUGAACCGAGAAGGGAUGAAUAUUUAAGAAAACUCAAAUGGACAGUACCAAAUGAAAUGUUAGUAUUGAGAAACAUGUUCCAUGACAAAAUAAAACCAACUACAGAAAUAAAUGACGCAAGACUGAAACGUUGGGUAAAAGCUUUCCCAUUCACAAAAGAUAUUAUUGGUAACAUGGAAAGAAAACCAGAAUGGCUACAAAAACAUAUAUUUGGAAACGAGCUUAUUCCAUAUGGACAAGCUAUAUUUGAAGAGCUUGAACCGGAAACUCAGGAAAGAGUCAUGCAAACAAUAAGCGAAGACUCAAAUACAAACUAUGACAAAAUCUUUCUAGGAUAUUGGUUACCUGAGAUGGGCGACCAGAGCCCAAAGGCAAAAAGGACAUGGGAAAUUUACAACAGACUAGGUGAACAUGAGGCAAAGAUGCAACAACUUGAAGCAGAGGGCAGGUUACCAAAAGCGACACCAAAGAAGAAGAGAAGAGUAGAACAAAGUGAAAGUAGUGAAGAAGUAACUUCAUCUAGUGAAAAUAGUGGCAAUGAAGGAAAAAGAAGAGUUAAAAAUUCAGUCAGGAAGAAAGUAAAGCUUG